AUGUCUCCACAAUGCUCUGCCGUGGACCUUCUUCACAUCGUGGUUGUUGCCAAUUAUGGCGUCCUUUUUUCUGCGACGGGACCUUUGGAGAUCGACAAGGGUACCUCCGUGGCUGCGAUGAGAGCGUCGCAAUAUAACACGUUACGCGAUGCUCUUCCUCAUUCCUGGCUCGGCCUAGCUUCAGUACCUUGGCGCCCAGCGGCCCCAAACCUGUUUUUGGUUGUGAAUUCUCUGGUCUACGCCAGUCAUACGCGGAUUCACCUCAUCCCAGAUGGCGGCGGUGAACAUCUGGAGAUAGCAUCUGGACAAUGGAUAGGUGUUGGCUAUAUUUUCGCAUGGAAAUUUCCCCACGGUCUUUUGCCCCUCCAUGGAACCCCGGAUGACUCUGUUUCUACUCAAUCAUUCUCGGCUUCUUAA